AUGGACGUUUUAAGAAAAGUCCAGCACUUCUCAGACUCUGAGCAACUUGCUGCUCAGAGAAGUGUAAACCGACCGGGGCCGGUCCCUGCCUUCCUCAGGAGCCCAUCUGUCAUCCCAACCCCGCUGGACAUGAAGCCCUUCCUCCAGUUCCCCCUGGAGUCGCAUCACCCGGCCAGCAUCGGCCUCUUCCACAACUUUAAUACAAUGGACCCCGUCCAGAAAGCUGUGAUGACGCACACCUUCGGGCCACCUAUGGUGAAGACAAAGCGGCCAAUCAUCUCCUGUAACGUCUGUCAAAUACGCUUCAACUCAGAGAGCCAGGCUGAGGCCCACUACAAGGGGAACCGCCAUGCUCGGAGGGUGAAGGGGAUUGAGACAUCCAAGACGGCUCGUCUCCAAGAGGGCGACAAGCAGCACCCUCCCCCUACUGCUUCGCCCUCCCCACCAGGCCCCUCGCCAUCUAGCCCUGAGCCUGAUCCUCAUAAGCAGGAUGACAACCAAUCCUGUCCCAACUCUAACAAGUCACCUUUGACCCCUAGCUGCUUUCCAACACCCACACUGAGCUCAGAUGCAGAGUGUCCCCUCUUGACCUCUGUCAGCACAGAGUUGCCAUCCUCCCCCCCCACCGUGGCCCUCAGCACCCUCCUCGCAGAUCCAGCAGCGGCUGGUCUUCCUGAAACCCCGUCCCCAGCACCCAGCCCUUCUUCAGGAGAGUCAGAGGAAGAGAAAGCCAAGAAGCUUCUCUACUGUUCCCUGUGCAAAGUAGCUGUUAAUUCCCUCUCACAACUGGAGGCACAUAACAAAGGUACCAAACACAAAACCAUUCUGGAGGCUCGGAGCGGACUGGGACCCAUUAAAGCAUACCCACGUCUUGGUCCUAAACCCAGCCCAGAGCAGGGAGGGGAGCUGUCUUCUGACCCCAACACUCAGGAACGCACCUUCCACUGUGAGAUCUGCAACGUCAGAGUCAACUCAGAGCUGCAGCUUAAACAGCACAUAUCUAGCCGGAGGCAUCGGGAUGGAGUUGCGGGCAAACCAAAUCCUCUUCUCAGUCGGCACAAGAAGCGCACAGACUUUAUGGAACUUCCAAAAAAUUUGGGGGCCGGGCUUUUACCAAAUCCUCUGGCUGUUGCCGCAGUGAUGGCAGCCGCGGCUUCCAACAAUCAACUGGCACUACGUUCUCCUUGCCCAACCUCCCACCCCCAUCACCAUCACCAUCACCACCUCCUACAGGGAACACCCCUCAGCCUGCUGAGGCCCGCCCCAGGUCCCAUCCGCACCACGCAUGGGCCAAUCCUCUUCACUCCUUACUGA